UUAUAGUCUUACCUCUAUAUAGAGGAGACUUGUUGCUCUACCUCGCACGCUGGAGAAGGGAAGCCCCAGACAUCAGAUUGAAAGUUCCUUCUCUUUCCGUUGGUGAAAUCAAAAUCAGAUGCAAAACAUGAGCAGCAAUCCACCAACACCAGAUACAACAUCCAGCACUAGGGAUGGUGGUCGCCGCCGCUUCCGAGUCCCAUUUGUUAGAAAAAUCAACUGGGGGUCCCUGUUUAGAUACAGUAAGAAGUGGGCCAAGCACCCAAUGAACAUAGCUCUUCUUUUCUGGCUCUUUUUUGUGGCUGCCUGCCUUGUUGUCCUAUUCUUACUCAUGACUGGCAUCCUCAACCAAACCAUCCCAAAGAGCUCUGUUAGAAAAAAAUGGACUGAGAUCUUCAACCAAAUUCUCAACGCAUUAUUCACCAUCAUGUGUUUGUAUCAGCACCCCAGAAUCUCCCACCAUUUAGUUCUUCUAUGUCACUGGAAACCAAAUGAUAUCCUUGAGCUAAGAAAAGUAUACUGCAAGAAUGGAACGAAAAAGCCACAUGAGAGGGCUCAUAUCAUGUUUGUUGUCUUCCUUCUUCAAAUCACUUGCUUCUCUCAGUAUGGCCUUUGUGCUCUUUACUGGGCAUAUACAAGCAAUACAAGGCCAGAUUGGCCACAGAUUCUCUUCAUUGCUCUUGGAACUGGAGCACCCAUUAUUGCUGCUCUGUACGCAGUUUUCAGCCCCCUAGGAAGGAGGACUGAAUCCGAGAGUGAUGAAGAAUCACAGCGGAGCAACAAUGAGGAGAAUGAGUUGAAGUUAUACAGCAAGAGUGUGGAGGUAACUUCACCUGAGUGGGCUGGAGGACUCUUUUAUUGCUGGAAUGAUCUCACUGUUUACUGCCUCUCCUUCUUCUGCACCUUCUGCAUUUUUGGAUGGAAUAUGGAAAGGCUUGGAUUUGGCAACAUGUAUGUCCAUAUCAUAACUUUCAUACUCCUCUGCAGCGCGCCAUUAUUAGUCUUUAGCGUAACAGCGCUUAAUAUAAAUGAUGAAGCGAUCAGAGACGUUGUGGGGAUUAUAGGAAUUGUUCUAUGCCUGUUUGGAUUUCUUUAUGGAGGAUUUUGGAGGAUUCAAAUGAGGAAGAGAUUUAAGCUUCCUGGUAAUACUUGUUGCUUUGGGUUCUUAGCUUGUACUGAUUUCAUGCAAUGGCUCUUCUGUUGGUCGUGCUCACUGGCACAGGAGGUGAGAACUGGAAACUUUUAUGAUGUUCAGAAUGAUAGUUUUUACAGGAAUGAAAGUGAGGAUGGAAGUCAGACAGUUAUAAAUAUUCUGCCAUGUGAGAAUGGAGCUGGUCUGGUGAUCAUGUCGAACUUGGAGUCUGAAGCAGGAAACAAGUGUGGAGUAGAGCAAGGUAAGGAAAUGGAGAUGGUUAAAACUGGAAGAGGAGAAGAUGGUGAAGCUGUGAGAGAUGAGAUGAUGAGGGCACCUCUUCAGACAUUAAUUAAGAUGGAAGAAGAGCAGCCCGAGAGGGCGAUAAGGAGCUGAAAAUGGUUGGGAAGGAAGAGGGAGGAAUGAAGGGAAAACAGUAGUGUGGUGUAGACUUCCAAUUCAGAUUUUGGUUAAACGUUCUUGUUCAUUAGUUUAUUUAACUUUUCUGUUGGUUUAGGCAGUAGAAGUCUCAAUUGCCUUGGUGGAUUGCAAAAAUAAUGUAUAAUGAAAACAGUUGUACAGAAUUGUAGUCGGUUUUAAAAGUAAUAUCAUACUUACAUUGCCAAGGAGUUUUUUUUUUUGUAUUAUUUUGUAAGCUUGAAAUUUAGAAAUUAAACCCCAUUGUUGUAAGUUUUUUACCAAGUAAU